AUGGCCAUUGUUGGCCCGGACUAUAAAUUUAUGUUCAUUGAAAAUUGGUCCUUUGAAAUUUCAAAUUUGAAUAAAAUUUAA